UCACUGAUUUCAAAAUUUUAAAAACGUGUUAGUUAUUUCGGGGAAAGCGUUUCUUUUUCUCUUUUUUUACUUAUUUGUUUACCACUUCAUGAUGGAAGAGCAAGUAACGAGAAGCGCUUGGCCGGAUCCACCUAACUAUUAUAAACGAUAUACAGAUGAAAACUUGGAAUUAUUAAACCAAGCAAAGAAAACUGGUCUAUUUCCUCCACAACCAAUAACAUCGUUAAUCCCUGAAUUUCAACUAGAAGCAUUAGAACCACCAAAGCCUCCUACUGAUGAAUAUACCGUUUUCGAUCAAAAAUGGCAGAUUAAUGAUCGAUUACCAACAUUAGAGGAACUAGGUGUUAAGCAGUUAUAUCCAGAGUCGUCUAUAGAUCGUGUAAAGGAACUAAAAAAGCUGAAUAGAUCUUUAAUUGUACAGUUUUUAGAUUUAUUAGAUGUACUCGUUAAGAAGCCUGAUGAGUUUGGUGUAUAUAUUGAAAAUAUAAGUACUAUAUUUAUUAAUAUGCAUCAUAUCUUGAAUGCUUAUCGUCCCCAUCAAGCAAGGGAGACUUUAAGAUUGCUUAUGGAACAUCAAUUAGCAAAAAAACGCCAGCAAACAACUGAAUUAAAAGCUAAAUCAAAAGAAGCCUUAGCUUUUCUUGAGGGGCUUUAGUAUUAGGCCUUCUAUUGUAUAUAUUAUAUUUUUUUUUUUUCGAUUGUUUUUUUAAUAAUUUAUUGAAUAAAUUGACUACCAAGAGAAAAUAAUAAAAAAUGAAGUAAAAUAUAUUAUUACAAAUAGCUAAA